UUUUUGCUGAAUUAAACUAGUUUUGAGAAUCCUAUCACAAAUAUUCCUAGUUCUCAAUUAAGAUGGGUAGAAAAAAUCGGAACGUCAACAAAUUCGCGCAAAGGAAACGUGACCGCAAGGAGCAAGAGAAAAAUCCACAAGAGAAACCGAACGGGGAUAAUCGAAAGGCUUAUGAAGAUAUUGUUCGAGAAAAUGCCGCAUUCGAAGAAUACUAUAAGAUGCAAAAGAUCUGCCCAGAAGAGCAGUGGCCGGUCUUCAUGCAAACUCUCAAAGAGAAUCUACCUACGGCAUUCCGUAUCACAGGAUCUAAGGGCGAAGCUGACGCUCUAAUGAAGAUUGUGAACAGUGAUUACUUCUCACAGCUUCUGAAUAUAAAAUUGAAAAUUGAUGGAAAAGAUGAAGAGGAAGAAAUUAAGCCAGUUAAUUUGCCUUGGUACCCUGGAGGUUUUGCAUGGCAAUUACGGCUCACCCGUAUGGAUAUCAGGCGUAACGAGGCAUUGUAUCGGCUUCAUAACUUUCUUGUAGCAGAGACGGCAGCAGGAGGAGUCUCGAGACAAGAACAGGUGUCGAUGAUACCUCCCGUAGUAUUAGAUGUGAAACCUCACCAUAAGGUGCUUGACAUGUGUGCUGCCCCGGGGUCUAAGACCGCACAACUCAUAGAAUUCCUACAUGCAGAUGAAGAUAAAAUGCCUACAGGUUUUGUGAUGGCAAACGACGUAGACAACAGCCGAUGCUACAUGUUGGUACAUCAGGCCAAGCGCCUCAACUCACCCUGCAUAGUGAUCACGAACCACGACUCUGCUUUCAUGCCUUCCAUUGAAGUAACCGAUGAACAGGAUCCAAGCAAAACAAAGCCCUUGAAGUUCGACCGGAUAUUGUGCGACGUACCGUGCUCCGGCGACGCGACACUACGCAAGAACCCGGAUAUUUGGCUCAAGUGGUCCACGGGCAACGGCAAUAAUUUACACGGCGUGCAGUACCGCAUACUGCGACGCGGCUGCACGCUGCUCGCGGCGGGGGGCCGGCUGGUGUACUCCACGUGCUCCUUCAACCCCCUGGAGAACGAGGCCGUGCUGCUGAGGCUGCUGCGGGAGGCCGGGGGCGCCGUGCACCUGUGUGACGUCACGCACAUGCUGCCCGGACUCGAGUUCGCGAAAGGCAUGACCCACUGGCGCCCAGCCUCCAAGGACAUGGUGUUCUACGACAAAUACGAAGACGUACCAGAGAAGUGGCAGACCGUGGUCAGACCUCAGAUGUUCCCGCCCACCGCUGAAGAAAUAGAAAAGUACCAAUUAGAAAAGUGCAUAAGGAUCCUGCCCCACCAGCAGGACACGGGCGGAUUUUUCGUGGCGGUCCUGGAGAAGACCGCCAACCUACCCUGGGAGAAGGAGGACGCUGAGCCGCAAUUAGAGCAGCCGCAGGAGGUCAAGAGUGCUCCGCCGCAGAAGCGCAGGAGGAUGGGCGGCUACCGGGAGGACCCUUUCGUGUUCUUCGGGAAUGAUGAAGACGUUUUCCCAUCAAUCAAAUCGUACUACGACCUCAAAGACGACUUCGAUCCUAAAUGCCUGUUGACCAGAUGUCACGUCGGCAAGAAGAAAAACAUAUACCUCGUGUCGCCGGUGGUGAGGGACGUGGUGCAGAGGAACGAACGGAAUAUAAAGAUCAUCAACACCGGCGUGAAGACCUUCGUGAGGUGUGACAACAAGAAUAUGACGUGCCCGUUCAGAUUGUCCCAGGAAGGCCUCCUGAGCAUAGCGCAGUACAUCGGACCUAAACGAAGAAUAGAGAUACUCAAAGACGACUUGAUACUUGUCCUGCAGUGCGACAACCCCAGCAACCCGCCCGAUAUCAAACUCUUCUCGGAGCACACGCAGAACCUGGUCAAAGAUUUAGCCACCGGCAGCUGCGUGCUGGAGUACCGCGAUCGGGAAUCGAAGCUGGAACUGACUCUGGUUGGCUGGCGCGGCGUGCACUCGCUGCGCGCCUACACCGCCGCGCCGGACGCCGUGCACUACCUCCGGAUACUCGGAGCCGAUAUCAGUAAAUACGACGUAAACAAAUUCAAACUGGUUGAAAACGCUGAUGCCCAAACUUCAGAAACUACAGAAACUGAUGUAAUCCUCAAUGAGAAUCUAGAGGAAGAAGUGGGAACUAUUGAGGAAGAGAAAAACACAGAGACGACAACUACAGGGUGUAGUGAAAUAUAAAUAAUUUUAUGUUGUAUUUUAUUUGACGAAUAUAUGUUGAAAAUGUA